AUGGGAAGCACACCCCCCCGCCAAUUCACGAUAACAAUCAUAGGCGGUGGCAUAGGCGGCCUAACCCUAGCAACAGGCCUCCUCCGCCGGAACAUCCCCGUUCAGAUCUACGAGGCGGCUUCCUCAUUUUCGGAAAUUGGCCUUGGCCUCUCCAUAGGCCCCGCUGCACACCGGUGCAUGCCCCUAAUCGACCCCAAAAUCCGCGAAAUCUAUGACUCUCUUGUGACUACGCACGCCGAUAGUCCGGGCUAUGAAGCAUAUCGACAAACGUGGUUCGAGGUUGUUUGGGCUAGUGGGAAGAAAGAGGGGGACUUGCUUAUGGAUUUGAAGGCGGCGCCAUCUGGACAGACGACGGUUAGGAGGGCGGAUUUUUUGGAUGCGCUAAUUAGUUUGGUUCCGCGGGAGAUUGUGCAUUUUGGGAAGAGGUUGGAUUGUCUAGUCGAGAGGGAUGGGGAGGGUGUUAUGGUGAAGUUUGAGGAUGGGAGUGAGAUUGUCGCAGAUGUGGUUAUUGGGUGUGAUGGGAUUAAAUCGAGAGUUAAGGAGAGUUUGUUUCCUGGGGAGGUUGGCAUGAUGCCCAGGUAUAGUGGGAUGUAUGGGUAUCGGGCUGUAUUUGAUAUGGAGGAUAUGGUUGCUGCUGUUGGGGAUCAGAGGGCUAGGGUUUCGACUAUGUAUGUUGGUAAUGGGGCUUAUGGGAUUUCGUAUCCGAUUAUGAGGGCGCAAAAGGUGAAUGUGGGUGUUUAUGUUUUGAGUGAGAAGUGGGAUUGUGAGACUUGGGUGAGGAAGGCGAAGAGGGAGGAUAUGUUGAGGGAUACAGAUCAUAUGGGGCGAUACGUGAAGGCGCUGAUUGAGGUUUGUCGCUUGACUCCCAAAUUGAUUGCUUCUCUAAUGCUUGAUUCUUUUUCCCAGCGAAUGCCGGAUCCUUCACAGUGGGCCAUUUUUGAACACCCUCAUCUCUCCACGUUUGCAAAGUCGCGGGUUGCGAUUCUUGGUGAUGCUGCUCAUGCCUCUACUCCGCAUCAGGGCGCAGGCGCUGGGCAAGCUAUCGAAGAUGCACAUGUCCUAUCAGAGCUUAUUGGUGACAGUCGUGUUCAGUCUGCAGAAGAUGUCAUGGUUGCUUUCAAAGCUUAUGAUGAGAUACGUCGCCCACGCAGUCAGCGAGUGGUGACGAGUAGCAAGGAGAAUGCCUAUCUACUCUGUUUGUGUAUGGAUGGUGUGGGAGAUGACGAGGAAAGUCUCAAAAACACAUUCCAGCAGCGUCUACAUUGGCUUUGGGAUUUAGAUGUACAAGGCCAAGUGGAGCAAGCCAGAGAAAAGAUGAUUGCUUAUUUAGAAUACUGA